AUGGAAGAAAAUCAAAACAACGACAAACACGACUUGAUAUUGGAAGCAGCCAAGUCGUGUCGUAUUAUACAAACCCGGAACACUGGCUUCCAUGGCUACACAACGACUACCGGCACGCCUCCAAGCAGCCCUAGCAGCUUUGCUUCUGGCAACUCCAUCACCGGACCACCCUCACUGCCUCCCUCACUGCCUCCCUCACUGCCUCCCUCACUGCCUCCCUCACUGCCUCCCUCACUGCCUCCCACUGAGGAUCCCACCGAGGAUCCCACCGAGGAUCCCUCUGAGGCUCCCUCGGACAGGAGCCUUUCCUUUGACCAAAGUGGCCCCUGGCUAUUUCGCUUGCCCGCAGAGAUUCGCCGCAUGAUUUACUGCGAAUUACUAGUCACAACCAAAGUCUACAUCUCCUUCACAAAUUGUCGGCUUCUCUUGGCCCAGCGCGGUGCCAAAAGGAAGAAGAGGGCCACGAGGAGAGUAUCAGGGUUCAACGAGGACCAUGUUGAGUACUACGGCGUCCGGGGUGACAACAACAACGGCGAGGAGGCAGACGUGGGCACUUACUUCAGCCCCCGUCGGUGCCAUGAUGACUGGAUCGAGUACGCCAUGCGUAUCUCAGCGCUACGACAGCCAACCAAAUUUCGGGAUUCGUACCACCCGAGGCCUGAUCUCAACAUCUUCCUCGCCUGCAAACGCGCCCGAAAUGAGGCAGAACCCAUCUUCUACUCUGAAAACUGCUUCACCUUCUGCACGUGCAACCAGCUCCACGACUACAACGCGGCGCGGGACAUCAGUGCAGCCCAUGCCGCGUAUUGUUUCCUCCAAGAUCGCUCCCCGGACGCGCUCAAGGAGAUCAGGCAUAUUGAGCUUCAUGUCAUGCAUGAGGGAUCCAUACCGGUUUUUCGCGAGCCGGCUGUUCAGAUGUGGCACGAGACGGCGAUGUUCAUCAAAUCCCACAUGAAGAUUCGGCGCCUGAGUCUAAACAUUGGCGGGGUGGCCCCAAGGGAUACCCGAUAUGCUGGAACGGGCAAUUAUAUUCUGCGGACACCGAAGCAUCCAGAGAUCGACGAGUUACUUGUGUUGCCGCCGGUGGAGCGACUUACCAUCCGGUGGGCUACCUUGGGCGUCCCAAGUGAUGCCUGCGACAAGCACGGGGCCUGGUGCUUCGAAACAAACAACUUGAUUGUUGGUUCGCAGUGUAGUCUCGCGCUCGAGAGUAUGGCCAUCGCUGCACUCAUCAAGUCCAUCCGUGAAAAUCUCCUGACGAGCGGGCAACAGCUAGGGCUCUCCAAGAUCCGUGGUGGGUUAGUGUUUCACGAGUUAAACCAACCAGACGAAAGUAUCUACAUUGUGAUGGAAACAGAUGACAGCUGCAGUGUUACCUCUCAUCCCACCGCCCAGCAAGUCAGCCAUCUGACAAAUAGCCACAAUGGGUCGCACACUAUAAGAUUCCCUCGCUGGCCGGGCCUCAUAGAAUGCAUGGAGAGUGUCAGCGACGACUUCCAUCAGUCGCUGAAACACUCUCAAUAUUUGGUUAGGCCGGCCUGGAAAGAAGUCACCUUCCACUUUGUAUGGAUUGACUGCCUCGCCGCAAAUGCUGCUACUUGGGCCCUGGAUUGCGAGGACUUUUGGGGGAACGAGCUCGUUCGGAGGGAGCUUCGCUUGGCUGUUGAGGCUCCUCAUUUCACGACGAACACCGUCAAAAAGGGACACGAAGCUGAUCCGCGAAAUUUCAACGAUUACGACCAGUGGAGAGACAGGCUCCGUCACCUGCUUCAGUUCUCGAGGUGGGCCCUCCGAUUUGUGCAAAUAUUCUUCCUCCCGCGGACUGUCGGCCCAUCCGAGCUUGAUCUCAGCCUUUUCCGCACUGCUGAUCGCCAACAACAUUAUUUGGGGGGACCGAGCAGCGUUCUAGCAGUCCCCGAUACAAGUUAUGACGACUUGGGCGUGUGGACAUUUGCGCAAGCGGGAAUGCACAACGUCGGCGAGCUAUACGCAUUCAGGUUCUUGGUCGGGCUCUUUGAGAGCUCCUUCUUCCCAGUCCUCCUGUACGUACUGGGGAGCUGGUACACGAAGACUGAACUGGCCAAACGAGUUGCACUAUUCCACGUGACAGCUCCUCUGGGAUCUGCCUUUGGUGGGUACUUGCAAGCUGCGGUCUACGAGAGUUUGAAUGGGCGCCAUGGCAGGCCUGGCUGGCUGGAGAUGGCUGUACAUCAUCUGCGGAGCAUGCAGUGCAUGACCGCACCUGUUGGAAUUGCAACUUACUUUGUUCUCCCUGAUACACCGUACACGACCAAAGCGAAAUUCCUGACACCCGCAGAAUGCGAACUGGCGAUUUCACGAGUCCAGAAAGCCGGGAAAGCACCUCCCAAGGGCGUAGAUCUCCAGACUUUCAAGCGCGCCAUGUCUAAAUGGAGAUGGCAUGCUUUUGUUCCUGGCUAUGUGCUGUACGGCGAGUCCUGCCAGGCUGGAGGAUACUUUGGCAUCUGGCUCAAGUCGGAACAUUUCUCCGUCGUGGAUCGCAAUGUCAUCCCGACCGGAUCCAAGCUGAUUAGCGCGGCAUGCAUCAUCCUGUGGGGGUUUCUGUCUGACUACACGGGCAGCAGAUUCGCCUUGAUUCUAGGUCCGCUGCUACUCGGUUUGAUACCGAAUGGAAUCCUCGCAGUGUGGCCUCCCAGUGUCCCGUUGAAGGAGUUUGCAUUUCUAACUAGUAGUGUGCACCUGAUGACGGCAGUAUUUUAUACAUGGGCAAACGAAGUGUGUGCUGGAGACAAUGAAGAGCGCGCUCUUGUCAUCAGCAGCAUGAACGGCAUGCAAUAUGCUUUCGAUGCGUGGCUCCCUAUUGUGAUCUUCCCACAGACCAUGGCCCCUAGCUUUCGUUAUGGAUUCCCAGCAACGUUUGGCUUUGUAUUUGCGGCCAUCAUCGCCGUAAUUAUUAUUCGCCUGCUUGUAUGGCGCGAGAGUAAGAACAAACUGAAUUCCUCAGAUGAUUCUGGAGAAGGAGGGGUUGUUGAGCUUGUCAGCCCCGAUGAGAAGGGCAGUGUGGAAGAGAAGAAGAUCGAUAACAAGUGA